CAUGAACUUUAUAAUGUUGAACAUAUUAGUGAAUUUGAUAAUGAAUCAAGAAACAAUGAUAGGUUGGAAAGUAUGAACAAAUUUGAGGAUGAGUUAGGAAAAAAUAAUGAAUUUGAAAGAUUUAAAAAUAUUGAUGAAUCUGAAUAUGAGUUGGAAAAUAAUAUCGAAUUUGGGUAUGAACUAAGAAAUAGUGAUGAAAAUGA